AUGGAGAGGUUCGUCCGUCGCGGCCGGGAUGGGCGGAUUUUGGAUGUGGACGAGGUCCAGGUCGCUAAAGCCCUGCUGGCAGGAGAGGCGGAGCUCUUGAGCCAGGAAGUCGACGGCGAGCACCUCUUCGAUCUCUGCCUGCAGUUCGACCGCCAGAGCACCGCGGCGGCGAUGAUCUCGUAUGAGGUGCCGGGGUGCUGUUUCAAGGGUCCUAUCGGCAUGUGGCCUCCACCGACAAAGACAUGCCCUGUGCUUCGAAACAACGAGCAAUCCACGAAGCCACCCAUGGCCACUGCUCAACCACCGGCACAACCUUACCUUCGAACCUGCCUGUGCCGUGGCUGGGUCACCUGUGAAAGCUGUAGCUGGGGCUUUCCGGAGGAGGAAGGCCUUUGGAUGGAGGACUGGGAUGCACAGCUUCGCGAUGCCAAAGAGGCGGCUGAAAGUGCGGCUGCAAUGCCGGUGGUCAAAGCUGUGCUGGGGGCCUUCCGUUCCCAGGCGGCAUUUCUAGGAAUCGUCACAGAGGAAGCCAUGGCCUACUUGCUCGACGUUGCCAUCCUCAUUGGGGAUGCCGAGCUGGCCACGUGCUGCGCUGCGCACUGCACGCGUUUGCCGCUUCGACGCUGGAGAUUCCAGGACUUCGCAACCACGGCUACAACCACCAGUGGCAAGUUAGCAGCCACCCGGACUCAGAUCCGAGAGAAGGGGAUCCUGACAGCAGCUUUGAAAGCGGGUGUUGGUCUUUGCGACCUGGUCGGCUACUUCGAGCGGUUGGUGCGGCAUGAAGAAGGCGUGUCGCUGUUGGACGCCAUCGCACUUUCCGAAGAUUCCCAGCUCUGGUGCCAGGUCGAAAAGUUCAACCCACACCGGGAGCCCACCUCUGCCCAUGAAAGUGUAAACAACAUACAGCCAGGUUUCAUCCUGUGUUGCAUGAAGCCUGAGAUGGGCUCCCGGCAUGUGAGAAGCACCGCCUGCUGA